AUGUCAUGGGAGUUGCCCGUCUUAACCACUCUCAUCCUCAGCGUUCUCGGCUUCUGGUGGGUCUAUAGCCCUCGCGCCAGCUACCAGAAGGCCUUGCUCUACGCCCUGCUCUGCAGCAUCACCCUCCUCGUUGACCCUCGACGUCUGCUCGAGCACAUGUCCCCGGAGUCCAUCGAGGCAUUGCUAGAUAUUCGCAUCCAUGUCCUGCUGAUACACCACUUUAAGAUGGUUCUGACACUCGGUGCCGUCGUCUGGCUGCUGCAUCGCUCGUGGCAGACGCUAUGGAAACCCGUCCCUGACCUCAUUAACAUUCUCGGGGUCGACGUGCCUGAGCCUCCCGACGUGUCGCUUGCUGGCAUUCGAUCCGACGCCGCUACCUUGAGCUGGACUCGACCCAAUAGCAACAGACCUGUGCAAAAAUACACUAUCCAAGUCAAUGGCGUUCAUGGGCUCAAGCCCGACCAUUUUUACAACAUUCGAGUCGUAGCUGUCGGUCCGAACAACUUCCAGGCUGGAAGCCAGGUUCUUCGUCUGCGAACCUUCGGAAAGGAUGGCAAACCUCAGCUUGGCAACUCUCGCGUGCCCACAAGUUUCGCCAACAACGAUCACCCCCGCCCUAGACUUGGGGACGAAACAGACGAUGCCGACUCGCAAAGAAAGCCACCCGUGCCCUCUGUUGAGGCAGCCCCCGUUCUCGAUGGUAACAAUGCGUCCACGUCUGAUUUGAGCACGGCCGCCCCUGGCCAGCGACGAAAUACGGUCAAUCGGCGACAUUCGCCGUCUGUCGCAAGCCUGGAUCAGCCGCAAAUUAGGGCAUCCACGUCAGAUGGCCCGGAACUGUCUCUGGAUGAGCUUAACCGCCGAUUUGAGUCUACGAGAAGGGAGGUUGACGAGAUUGUUGCUCAGAUCGCUAAAGAAGAAUGCGAACUUCGACAGCAGGAAGAGGAGUUGAAGGCAGAGAAAGAUGCCAAGAGGCAAGCUUUGAGGGAAAAGGAAGACCAGACCGCACAGCUCAAAUCUGGCGUGAGAACGUCGAUGGAGCAGAUGCGUGCUGCAGAGAAGGAGCGUGGGAGAAAACGAGAUCAGUUGAACGAGAAGGAGAAGAAAAAGUCCAAGGUUCGAGACAACAUUGCCAAGCUCGAAAGCGAAGUUGAGAGGAUGAAGAACGAGAGGGAGGGGUUUGAAGCACAGAAGACAGAGUUGGCAGUCAACCGCGAUAAGCAAGGCCAAGAGCUUGACGAGUCAAACGCGGAGCUUCAAGAGAAGUGUGCAGAAUUGGAAGCCGAGCUGAAAGACAAGGGGAAGCAGCUUCAAGACCUUAAGGCUGCCCGGGAGCAACUCCCAGGGGGCAACGACGAGCAGUGGAAGGAGAACGAUGUCCAAGUCCGAAAGGAGUGGGAAGGCAGGCGGAAAGAGUUGCACAGCCAGCUGGUUGCUGAGACUAAGAAGGGUCAUCAGCUGGAUAUGCACAUCAGGGCGUUGACAGAACAACUGGCAGCCCUUCAACACCAAUCCGGCCUUGCCUACUACAACCAGGCAGAUGCGGCCCUGGAAUAUGAACCACCAGUGUCAACCCAGGACAAGCGGCUCAGCGGGAACAGCAAUUCUCUCUCCAACCUGAACUUGUCGUCUCCGCCCGGCCAAUUCGCCAUUCCCGAGGACAGCUUCCCCGUUUCGACUGGUUUCACCCGCGCAGGUUUUGGCCCAGGGUUGUUCAUGGACAUUUCUGCUGAUAACCCCGACGAUCGUCAGUCAGAAUCGGACUUUAGAUCAGCCGCCGGACCUCUGAGCCCUACCGCGCAUGCUCUCCUCCCAUCUGAUAUCUUUGACGACCUUGUCGAGGACACCGAGCCGAGACCUCCACCUUCUCAUUUCUUGCCUGAGGCUAUCACAGCUGGCGAGGAUGACCACCCGCAGUCUCCUGCCUCAUCGGACGGCCGGUCACUAAAUGUGUUCUCUAGCCCGCAGGGUUCAUCGCACAACCUACCGUUCCCUCAAUACACAGAGAGCGACGCUCAGUCGUUGAAUCUGCACACAUCUCCAACGGCACCCCCGGCAACUGGGCACAGACUGACAAGUUUGCUGUCUAACUUCCAGCGUAACAGAGCCCCGAAGGCAUCCGACGAACUAGGACCUCUCUUUGGUACUCUUAAACCAGGCCAGAGCCAAUCAUUCCCUCGAAGUUUGGAAGACCACGAGAUGUCAGGAGCCAAGCGCAGGAUCAGCUUUAGCUGGAUGAAGCCGCAUGGGGGUCCAGAGCCGAGUCGAACUGCUGGGUCUGGCUCAAAGUCAUUCUCGACUCGCCGGCUUAACCCCUUCGCCAGCAGCGCAGGAGCCCUCACUGGUGACAGAGACUCGCCAAACUCGCGCCCAGCAUCGAUAGCAUCGACAGAUCUUCCACGACCCUCUACGGACAGUGGUUCCAUCUGGGGAGUACCAGGUGACUUCUCUUUGAUUGCUAAAAACCGCAUGUGGUCGGCCAAUGAAGGGCGAUGGCCUUCACGGAACCCUUCUCGUCGGCCAUCAAUCGGUGGGUCUCCAUCUAAUCUAGAGACUUCCCUUGCAUCUGCCGAGGACGAGAUCUUGGAUGUCGACGACUUACUUAACCCUCAAACGUCACCUAGUCAAGUGGGUGUCAUUGGCUCUCGUCCUCCGAGCCACAGAGCAUCCAUGAGCCAACGUCUUAACCCGACGGCGCCUACAUUUAUGGCUAGCAUCUUUGGCGGUAGGGAGAAGGACUCUGGUGCCGAGAAAGAGAAGUCCAAGGGCAAGGAAAAAGAGCGACACCGGGACAAGUCCAAGGAAGGAAGAUCAAAGAGCAAGGAGGCACUCGCACCCUCAAUUGAGGUGCCUCCUAGCCUAGACGACUCACCUUCAGACUCGCGAAUGUCUCGAGAUACGUUCUCGGUGCAUACUCAGUUGUCAGUGUCAGAGUCCCACGAGUCUUUGAAUCUCGACUCGACAGCCUCCAACUCGACGGAUCAUAAUGCUCCUAGCCAUAAGGACCCCGAGAAUGUCGUCAAGAAGCUCUUCCGUAAGGGAAGCUCGAGUAAGUUUAGCUUGUCUUCAAGACUGGGCAAGGACUCGGGUCUCUUUAAGAAGGGGCCAGGCAGUGCCACUUUCUCGGAGAAGAACAUGUCUGCGGAGCACCGGUCCAGCAUUGGCGACUUGGAUGAAUUUGGCGAGGACCCAACUCCCCUCGGACGAGGCACUGAGAGCAUGACGAGCAGUCCAUCGCUGGGAACAGGCAGCUUCCGCUCCAAGGACGCCAAGGAGAGCCGGAUGAACGCGUGGCGCUUCGGAAUUAAGAAGAAGGGCAAGGACACUCCUGCAAAAGAGAAGGAGAGCAUGGAUAUCGAGAGGCCUGCAGACACGGAGUAG